CUCGGAUGUCCAAGGGGCUUGCUUGCUUUGGAAUCAAUGAUUAGCACCCUACUUGCACAGCUCUCACUCCAACUACUACUAGGCUGCAGGCAACACAAAAAUUAUUUUUUUCUUCAGUGUACCAGAGAGCUGCAGUAUGACCCAUCGUGUGGCAGUGAUUGGUGGAGGGGCUUCAGGUCUGGCCUGUAUCAAGUGCUGUUUGGAUGAGGGGCUGGAGCCUGUCUGCUUCGAAAGCAGUGAUGCUAUUGGUGGUCUGUGGAGGUUUAAGGAGAAUCCAGAGCCAGACAGGGCCAGCAUCUACCACUCUGUCAUCAUCAACACCUCAAAGGAGAUGAUGUGUUUCAGUGACUUUCCCAUCCCUGCACACUUCCCAAACUACAUGCACAACUCCCUCAUCAUGGACUACUUUCGGCUGUAUGCUGACCACUUCCAGCUCACCAAGCACAUACGCUUUAAUACCAAAGUCUUGCAGGUGAAGCAGAAAUCAGAUUUUUCUCAUUCAGGCGAGUGGGUUGUUGAAACAGAGAACAAGGAUGGCAAGAAAGAGAAGCACAUUUUUGAAGCUGUGAUGAUCUGUAUUGGACAUCACUGCUACCCCAACAUGCCUCUUCAUGACUUUCCAGGCAUUGAAACUUUCACGGGGAAGUAUUUCCACAGCAGAGACUACAAGACUCCUGAGGAGUGGAGGAAUAAAAAGGUCGUGGUGAUUGGAAUUGGAAACUCUGGAGGAGACAUAGCAGUGGAACUGAGUAGAGUCACCAAGCAGUCUGAGAGAGAGCCGGCUCAACAAAAAAUUUGAUCACGCUCUGUACAACCUAAAGCCAAAGCACAGAGUGUUCAGCCAACAUCCCACAGUGAAUGACGAGCUUCCCAACCGCAUCCUCUCUGGAACAGUUCAGGUCAAACCCAACAUCCGCAGAUUUCAAGGUUCCAGUGUGGAGUUUGAUGAUGGCAGUGUAGUGGAAGAUGUUGACCUGGUGGUGUUUGCUACAGGAUACCGGUUUUCCUUUCCAUUCCUGGCUUCACAGGUGGUCUCUGUGUCUAACAACAAAGCAUCUCUGUACAAAUAUGUGUUUCCUCCUGAGCUCGAACGCCCCACGCUGGCUAUCAUUGGUCUAGUGCAGCCACUGGGAGCCAUUAUGCCCAUCUCUGAGAUGCAGGCCAGAUGGGCUACACGUGUCUUCAAAGGCUGCAUAAAGCUUCCUUCAGCAGCUGCCAUGCUAAAAGAUGUUCAGUCUAAGCAGGAGGCCAUGGCUCAAAGGUAUGUCACCAGUCAGCCG